GGGGAGAAGGGAGGGCCGAGCGGCAGCGUCUCUUCCCUCAAACCCCAAUCUGUGCCGUGGGGUUUGGGGUGGGCUUCAUCGCCGGGUGCUUUGGGGGACGCUGCGAGCGAGCGAGUGCGAGUGGAAGUACGACGCGCGUGCGGCUGAGUGCUUGUGACACACACACAGAUAUAUAUGUUAUAUAGAGAGAAAUAUAUUUUUCCUUAAAACGUUGGCCCUCGGGGGUCCGGCGCGGCCCCGGAGCAGCCGGGGGACACAGUGUGGCGUGGGGAAGGUGAUGGCCAUCAGCCACGCGGUGCCUUGCGGGACAGCUGCUCUCCGAGCCAAGAAAAAAAACCAAUCAAGGACAAAGCGAACUUUCUACAGCUUUCUAUGACGUUUCUACGACUUUCUACUGAUUACUUGUCUCUUUUUGUUUUGUUUUAAACGGGAUUCUGGCUGAAAAGCAAGGAGUGCCCGGCGUCUCGAGGCGGCUUCUCUGCUGUUCAGGGUUGUCGGUGGGUUUGUUGGUUUUCCUGCCUCCUGCACGGGAGGAGGAAAGCUCCCACCGGUGGUUGCUGUUACAGUGAGGUCAAUAAAGAUCUUGGUUCUAUGACAGCAACACGCGUGGGGUUUCUUUGGCCUUGGCCCCGUUUAUCCACGCGGUGACUGCUCUUCUAAAGCAGGAUGUUUGCAGGGCAGAAGCGUUUGCAGGGCAUGGAGGUUCCUGGAUGUGCAGCUGGAGAGCUACCAAGGAAAGUCCCUCUGGGGACGUCCCGGCAGAUGGCACAACCGCGAGGCGCUGCAUCAAAAAGCUGUUCCAGAAAGAUCCAAAAUGUUAUUUUUCUGACGGUGGCUUCCAAAACCAGGUGCGGUGCUGGGACAGACGUGGUGGAAAGGAGCUUCAGAGGCCUGCGCCGGCUCCCUGUUCAGCCAAGGAAAAGAAAACUAAUCGAAGGAGGAGGAUAAAAGGUUUUCUGGAGCAGGGAAAGAGGGCAGAUAGCCGCCCAGUGUGGAUUUUCACCUCCUUUGCUGAGCUUUAGGAGAGCCAGGGGUGCUUUGGGGUUCCCCAUCUCACCCAGACGUUUGCAGCAGUGCCCUGCAGCAGUGUGACCGUUGAGUAAACUGCAAAUUCCCAGCCAUUCCACAAGCUGGUGUGACAUGCAUUUUUGUCCCAAGCUCAGCCUGAAGAUGCAUUUAACAUCAGGGCAUGGCAUCACUGUGGGUUCACAUUUCCAACCAAUGCCUGAAGGCUGCUUAAGAGCAGAGGCCAGCCUGCAAACCUGCGUUGCUGGGGCCUGCAAAGCUCAGGCUCUCAAAGGCGGGGGAAGCCCUCGGUGCUCCAUAGUGUUGGGGCUGCUCACACACCCUGCUCCCCAGCCUUUACCAUUUUCGGGCUGCCUCAGGGCUGCGUUUACAUUCCUUUCCCUCCUUCCUGGUGACACCGACAGCUCCUUCUCCCUUUUCACUCAGCCUGUUGGACUUCUGUAAAUAUUUAUGCACCGUGCUGGCGGUGCCUGCUGCACGGCCGGGGCAUUUCGGGUCUCCAAAGGGGAAGGCUCCGGAGUCCUCCCUGCGGGGCCAACAUGCUUCAAGUGGAUUGUCUGGUUACAUAGGAAGGACAAACGCAUGUGGAGCUUAGCUCUGGGCAUCCGGGAGGACACGUGCCAGCUGGGUGGCUCCCUGAUGCUGGAGUGGAGAUGGGUGCAGGAGAUGCCUGUGGAUGAUGGGCACGACUGCCAGCACGGCUCAGCAGACGGUCUCAGCCUCCGCCUUUGAGAGCGUGCACGGUAUUGGCACCAUGGAGGACCAGCGCUCCCUGAGCAUCCACUCCUUUCAGACCCUCGGGCUGCACAACAGCAAGGCCAAGUCCAUCAUCACCAACAAAGUGGCACCAGUAGUCAUCACGUACAACUGCAGGGAGGAGUUCCAGAUCCACGAUGACCUGCUGAAGGCCAACUACACGGUGGGACGCAUCUCUGAUGCCACGCUGGAGCACUACCUGGUGCAGGGGAAAUAUUUCAUGGUCAGAGAUGUGUACAGCAAGUUGGAUGUCUUGAACACUACUGCCAGCUGCGGCGCUCCAAAUUUCCGGCAAGCCAAAGGUGGCUACGCGGUGUUUGGUAUGGGUCAGCCCAGCCUCGGUGGCUUCAAGCUCGUGCUGCAGAAGCUGCAGAGAGAAGGCCACAAGGAGUGCGUCUUCUUCUGCGUUCGCGAGGAGCCCGUGCUCUUCUUGCGGGUGGAGAGCGACUUUGUGCCCUACACGCCACGGGGCAAAGAGAACCUCCAUGAGAACCUCCACAGCUUGCGGAGGGGGCUGCGUGUGGAAGACCUGGAGCUCACCAUCCGCAAAGAGAUCCACGACUUUGCACAGCUGAGUGAGGGAGUCUACUAUGUCUACAAUGACAUCGAGCGCUUUCGGGACGAGCCGCACACUGUGCGGGUGCAGGGUGAGGAGGACAUCCAUGUGACGGAGGAGGUGUACCGCCGGCCCAUCUUCCUCCUGCCCACCUACCGCUACCACCGCCUGCCCCUGCCUGUUGAUGGGGCCCCUCUGGAGGAGCAGUUUGAUGCUUUCAUCUGCUUCCUUAGGGAGAGCUCUGGCCUGCUGCUGCGGGAUCCCAGCCGCCCCCCACCUGCACUACUCUUCAGCUGCCAGACUGGUGUGGGCAGGACCAACCUGGCCAUGGCCUUGGGCACCCUCAUCCUCCACCACCACCGGGGAGCAGCACCAAAGCCUGACCCCCCACAUCCAGCCAAAAUGCCACCGAGGGCCAAGUUUCGGGUCAUCCAGAGCUUCAUUGAGAUGGUACCCAAAGGGCAACAGAUGGUGGAGGAGGUGGACAGCGUGAUUGCCUCCUGCUCAGAGAUGCAUGACAUGAAGGAAGCAAUCUACGAGUCCAAGAAGAAGCUGGAAGGGAUUGGAGAAGACUACCAGAUCCAGGGCAACAGUACCAAAGAAUACUUCCUCCAGAGGACUCUGCAGAGCCUGGAACGCUAUUUCUACCUGAUUGCCUUCAACUACUACCUUCAUGAGCAGUACCCCCUGGGCUUUGCCCUCAGCUUCAGCAGGUGGAUGUGCCGGCACCCUGAGCUCUACCGGCUGCAAGCGAUCAUGAACUCCUCUGAGCUCACCAUCACCGGGGACCUCAUCACCAAGGGGACGCGAGUGCUGGUGGUGGAUGAGCGCUUCUGCCCAGACGUGCUAAGCACUGUCAAGGAGAUGAGCGUAGCCAAUUUCCGGCGGGUGCCCAAGAUGCCCAUCUAUGGGACAGCGCAGCCCAGCUCCAAGGCCCUCAGCAGUGUCCUGCGGUACCUGACAGAUGCAAAGAGAAAGCACUCACGCAUCUUGUGGGUCAGCCUGCGGGAGGAGGUGGUGCUGGAGGGGAACGAGCAAAUCUACACACUCAGGGAGCCAGGAAGCCUCGACCAGCUCAUCCCUGUGCCGGUAUCCACGCCUGAGCAGCUGGAGAAACUUGAGUCCACGCUGAAGGGUGACCUGCUGAAGUCACAGAAGUGGCUGGAGGUCUACCUGGAAGCAGAGAAGCAGAUGAAGAUGUUCAAGAGCUGUCUGACCACACAGGAGAUCUUCAACCAGCACAAGAGCACCUGCCAGGGCCUGACUUACCGUCGCAUCCCCAUCCCUGACUUCUGUGCUCCCAAGGAGCAGGACUUUGACCGGCUGCUGGAGGCGAUGAAGAGUGCCCUGGCUGAGGACUCACAGACAGCCUUUGUGUUCAACUGUGCCAGUGGCCGGGGAAGGACCACCACAGCCAUGGUCAUCGCUGUCCUCACGCUCUGGCACUUCAAUGGCAUCCCUGAGAUGAGUGAGGAGGAGAUUGUGAGCGUGCCCGAUGCCAAGUACACUAAAGGGGAGUUUGAGGUAGUGAUGAAGGUGGUCCAACUCCUGCCCGACGGUCACCGGAUGAAGAAGGAGGUGGAUAUGGCCCUGGACACAGUCAGUGAGACCAUGACACCCAUGCAUUACCACCUCCGAGAAAUCAUCAUCUGCACCUACCGGCAGGGGCGGUCGGGCAAGGAUGAGCAGGAGCGGCGGCUGCUGCGGCUACGGAGCCUGCAGUACCUGGAGCGCUACAUCUACCUGAUCCUCUUCAACUCCUACCUGCACCUGGAGAAGAAGGACUCCUGGCAGCGGCCCUUCAGCCUCUGGAUGCGUGAGGUGGCGGCUGUGGCUGGUGUGUACGAGGUGCUGGAUGGGCUGGGCUUCCCCGAGCUGGAGCAGCUGGAGGAUGAGGAGCCGCUGCGGAGGCUGCGCGGGCGCUGGAGGGCGCAGAGCGGGGCCGGCUGGCCCAGCCGUGGGGACUUGGUGUAGGGACAGAGACUGCGUGCCCCCAGAAUGAAAAGGGAGGGGAAAAAGGAACCAGUAAGAGGGAGGGAGGGGGAGAGCCUUUGAGCAUGAGAAUUAGGGUCAGGGGUUCUUCAAGAAGCAAUAAAGAUGUUGUAAAUUAAA